AUGGACGCCUUGACAGAUCAGAUCGAGUCUGUCCUCUUCGUCCCUCCUCGUACAUCCGUUUCUGGUUACAAGGCUGCCGAAUGGAACGUCGAGUCGUUCAUGUGGAAGGGUCGCCUGCGCGUUCUUGAGAUUGGCCCCAAGUGCGAGAUCAAGCUCGAGGUCGAGCCCGUCCUCGACUCGUCCCGAUACUUUGUGCUGCGCGUGGAGGGCGAUGGAGGCAAGCGCGCAUACAUUGGUGUUGGAUUCCCUGAGCGUAGCGAAUCGUUUGACUUCCAGUCAGUGGCGAAGAGGGCUUCGAACCCGGACCCUGGACCGAACGACGAGCCUGCGAAGCCUGCUGCGCCUCCGAAGGACUACUCGCUGAAGGAGGGUCAGACGUUCAGCAUCAAGCUACCCGGGCGUGAAGGCAAGAAGACGACCCCGCCUGCCUCAACUGGAGGCAGCACCGGUGGCGGAGGUCUGUUCGCCCUCCCUCCCCCUCCCCCUCCGGGCCGCCGGCGCUAG